AUGGCGGCUGUGAGUCUGCGGCUCGGCGACUUGGUAUGGGGGAAACUCGGCCGGUAUCCUCCGUGGCCGGGAAAGAUUGUUAAUCCACCCAAGGAUUUGAAGAAACCUCGUGGGAAGAAAUGCUUCUUUGUAAAGUUUUUUGGAACAGAGGAUCAUGCCUGGAUCAAAGUGGAACAGCUAAAGCCAUACCAUGCACAUAAGGAGGAAAUGAUAAAGAUUAACAAGGGAAAACGAUUCCAGCAAGCUGUGGAUGCUGUGGAAGAGUUCCUCAGGAGAGCCAAAGGGAAAGACCAGACAUCAUCCCACAAUUCUGCUGAUGACAAGAAUCGGCGUAAUUCCAGUGAGGAGAGAAGUAGGCCAAACUCAGGUGAUGAAAAGCGCAAGCUUAGCCUGUCUGAAGGGAAGGUGAAGAAGAACAUGGGAGAAGGAAAGAAGAGGGUGUCAUCAGGCUCUUCAGAGAGAGGCUCCAAGUCCUCUCUGAAAAGAGCCCAAGAGCAGAGUCCCCGGAAACGGGGUCGGCCCCCAAAGGAUGAGAAGGAUCUCACCAUUCCUGAGUCUAGUACCAUUAAGGGGAUGAUGGCCGGAACCAUGGCUGCAUUUAAAUGGCAGCCAACUGUGAAUGAGCCAGUUAAAGAUGCAGACCCUCAUUUCCAUCACUUCCUGCUCAGCCAAACCGAGAAGCCAGCUGUCUGUUACCAGGCCAUCACAAAGAAGUUGAAAAUAUGUGAAGAGGAGACGGGGUCUACCUCCAUCCAGGCAGCAGACAGCACGGCCGUGAAUGGCAGCAUCACACCCACAGACAAAAAGAUAGGAUUUUUGGGCCUCGGCCUAAUGGGAAGUGGCAUCGUCUCCAACUUAUUAAAAAUGGGUCACACAGUGACUGUCUGGAACCGGACUGCAGAAAAAUGUGAUUUGUUCAUCCAGGAGGGGGCCCGCCUAGGAAGAACCCCCGCUGAAGUUGUUUCAACUUGUGACAUCACCUUUGCCUGUGUGUCGGAUCCAAAGGCGGCCAAGGAUCUGGUGCUGGGCCCCAGUGGUGUACUGCAAGGGAUCCGUCCCGGAAAGUGCUACGUGGACAUGUCAACAGUGGAUGCUGACACAGUUACCGAGCUGGCCCAGGUGAUUGUGUCCAGGGGGGGCCGCUUUCUGGAAGCCCCAGUCUCAGGGAACCAGCAGCUGUCUAAUGAUGGGAUGUUGGUGAUCUUAGCAGCCGGAGACAGGGGUUUAUAUGAGGACUGCAGCAGCUGCUUCCAGGCGAUGGGGAAGACCUCCUUCUUUCUAGGUGAGGUUGGCAAUGCAGCCAAAAUGAUGCUGAUUGUGAACAUGGUCCAGGGAAGCUUUAUGGCAACUAUCGCUGAGGGGUUGACCCUGGCCCAAGUGACAGGCCAGUCCCAGCAGACAUUCUUGGAUAUUCUCAAUCAAGGACAAUUGGCCAGCAUCUUUCUGGACCAGAAGUGCCAAAAUAUUCUACAAGGAAACUUUAAACCUGAUUUCUACCUGAAAUACAUUCAGAAGGAUCUUCGCUUAGCCAUUGCGCUGGGUGAUGCCGUCAACCAUCCAACUCCUAUGGCAGCUGCAGCCAAUGAGGUGUACAAAAGAGCCAAGGCACUGGACCAGUCUGAUAACGACAUGUCUGCCGUGUACCGGGCCUACAUACACUAA